AUGUUGCCCUAUAUAGAUGCUUUCUUCAGCUACCCAGCCAGUUUGACAGGCGCCUCGGUGGAUGAGCUCAAGCUGCUGGCUUCGUUCCUCGUCUCCUACCCGCUCUCCGCUCUGCUCAAGCGUGUUCCCGAUGCGCAGCCCUGGAAGAAAAACGCCUUUAUCAUUGCAGUCUCGCUCUUUUACCUCGUUGGUCUUUACGAUCUGUGGGAUGGCCUUCGGACGAUUCUGUACAGUGCUGCAGGCACAUAUGCCAUCGCAUACUACAUUGAUGGCUCGUUGAUGCCCUGGAUCGGAUUCCUGUUCCUCAUGGGCCACAUGUCAAUCAACCAUAUCCAGCGCCAGAUUCUCGACGAUCCCCAAGCAGUGGAUAUCACGGGUGCCCAAAUGGUCAUGGUGAUGAAGCUGUCAUCUUUCUGCUGGAAUAUCCACGACGGGCGUCUCCCUCAGGCUCAAUUGACCGAGGCACAGAAGUACUCUGCAAUCACCGAGUUCCCGAGUAUUGCCAAUUACAUCGGCUACGUCAUGUUCUUCCCGUCCCUCUUUGCCGGCCCUUCCUUUGAAUAUGUCGACUACCGCCGCUGGCUUGAUACAACCUUGUUCGAUAUCCCCCCGGGUACCGACCCUGCCAAGGUUCCCAAGACCAGAAAGAAGCGCAAGAUUCCGCGAAGCGGCACCCCAGCUGCCAAGAAAGCCGCCAUUGGUCUAUUCUGGAUUCUGGCUUUCCUUCAACUGGGCGGGUGGUACACCAAAGAUUUUGUUCUUUCAGACGCGUUUCUGGAGUAUUCCUUCCCUCGUCGGGUCUUCACCGUGUACAUGCUCGGCUUCACGUCACGCCUAAAGUAUUACGGUGUGUGGUCUCUGACUGAGGGUGCCUGUAUCCUGUCUGGAAUCGGAUACAAUGGCUUCGAUCCCAAAUCAGGAAAGGUCUUCUGGAAUCGACUGGAGAACGUUGACCCAUGGAGCCUCGAGACUGCCCAAAAUUCGUAUGGCUACCUUGGCAGCUGGAAUAAGAACACCAACCACUGGUUGCGCAAUUAUGUCUACUUGCGUGUGACUCCCAAGGGAAAGAAGCCCGGUUUCCGUGCUAGUCUCGCCACUUUUGCGACCAGUGCCCUGUGGCAUGGUUUCUACCCUGGCUAUUACCUAACAUUCGUGCUGGGUUCAUUUAUCCAGACUGUUGCAAAGAGAUUCCGUCGCUACGUGCGCCCCUUCUUCAUGACCCCCGAUGGAACCAAACCCACCCCUUACAAACGCUACUAUGACAUCCUCAGCUGGCUGGCAACCCAGCUCACUCUCGGCUUCGCCGUCCUCCCAUUCAUCUACCUUGGAUUUGCCGACUCCGUGGCCGUCUGGUCCCGCGUCUACUUCUACGGCAUUAUCGGCACCGCCUCUUCCAUCAUGAUGUUUGCCUCAUUCUCUCCCGUCCGAUCCUAUCUCACCGCUCAACUCAAGCGCCGCAACAGACCUCAUGUUCCGCGCACCAUGAGCCAAGAAACACUCCACCCGCCUACCCUAGGCAUGUCCAAUGACCUGGAACGUGAAUUCGAUGAGGCUGCCGCGGAGAUUCGGGCCGAGAUUGAGUCGAGGAGAAGAAGAGGCAGUGUGGUCACCAUGCCUACUGGGGAAGAAUUGAAAAUUGCCGUUGAGCAGAAGAUUGGUCGGAAGCUUUGA